AUGACUCUUCUACUACUAAAAUCGCUUGACACUAACCUUACCCCACAGCCUCAUCAAGACCUGCUUGCCUACCUGCAGACUCGAGAGGAAAGUUUGAAAAGCAAUCGUCCCAAAAUUUUGGAAGCAAUUGAAGAGUUCUAUGGCCCAAAAUCCGAAGUCUCGAGAUGCUCUAGGAUUUCCAAAGAGUUCCUCGACCAAAAAUCUAGGUGUUGUAUCGAAAUAGGAAGCGACCUCGGCUAUUCCGCAGUUUAUCUUAUCGAUAAGGCGUUGAAGUUGGAUCCUUUCAUUGAUAUCGACUAUUAUUUGCUUCUGGAAGAUGAGUCUCAUGCCAAAAUUGGCCGUUACAUCAUUGAGCUCAGCGCUCUAGAUCGCUAUGUUCACGUCAUUCAGGGUCCGACCUCGAAAGUACUGGCCGGCCUCGGCGAUCUGAUACUUCCGGUGGAUUUCUUAUACCUCAACAACUCUGCUGGACCUUAUGUUUCUGUCAUUCGCGUGGCCGAAUCGUUGGGAAUGGUGGGGAAGGGAACAUUGGUUGCUGCUAAUGUUGGCCCGGAGGUUGACAAGUACGAAGAAUACAUGACCUGGACUCCUGCGGAGAAAAGACAGUUCAUCUACACGAAUAAAAAUGUUUUUGAUGUGGAAUUUCCGGGGCGUUGGAACGUGGUAUAUGCUACCCAGUUGCGUGAGUCUGGCGGUCAUACGGUGGCAUUGUCUACAUGUAUUGAUUUUCUGGAUAGUUAA